UUCUUUAAGAUGUCAUUAAACCUUAGACUUCAAACUGGAGAAACUUGUUAAAGAGAGUAAACUUUGUCAAGAGCAGUGAAAACUUGUAAAUUCUUAUCUUUCGGUGGAAAGAGCUUUUAGUUCAGUAUUUUCUAAAUUGGGAAUGGGCUUCAUCUCGGAAGGUUUGAGUUUGCCGACUACUCUGAGUAUACCUGGAGACCUGGAGCUCCCUCCAGCAUUGUUUGUCUAUAUCUGGAAGGAAAUGAUACACCCUGGAGUUAAACUAAACCAUCACUAGAAUGGAAAACUAUAAAGAAGAAAGAGAGAAUUGAGAGAAGAAAAAUCUCCUCUGUUACAGAUGAGUUUGGUUUGAAGAUCUAGGCGUAGCUGGAUAUAGAAUGGGUGUGUCUGUUUACACCCUGAUCCUGCUGAGCUUGCUAGGGCGUGGCCACGGGGGUGGGUGGAACCAGGGGGAGGCAAAGGUGUCUAUAGACUAUGUGCACGGUCCCCUGGUGGAGAGUGUGAGAAGGUUUCGGGGGAACUCAACCAUCUCCGACAACUUCAAGAUCGUUGUGGAGGACGGAACAGCGCUUUACGUCGGUGGAACGAAUAAUAUUUAUAUACUGAACUCUAAGGAUUUGAAGGAACAUGAAAAACUGAGAAUAUCCUGGCCUCCGGAUACUAAAGAUUCUGAACUCUGCAGCAUCAAGGGUAAAACAAGGGUUCAGUGUCAGAACUAUAUCCGUGUGAUCGCUAAGACUGAUGAGAAUAGGAUUUUAAUCUGUGGAACCCAUUCAUUCAAACCUCGUUGUAGAUACUACAAAUACAAGAAUGGAUCCUACUCUGUGGAUCAGGAGUUUGAUGGGAAAGGAUUGACUCCUUAUGAUCCUGGUCACAAUUCCUCAUAUCUUCUUGCAGGUGGAGAACUAUAUACAGCUACGGUUUCUGAUUUCUCUGGGUCGGAUCCACUCAUCUACAAGGAACCUUUGAGAACGGAGCAGUACGAUUCAAAAAUACUAAAUGCUCCUGAUUUUGUUCGAACCCUGGAGGACGAGGAUUACGUUUACUUUUUCUUCAGAGAACAAGCAGUGGAGUACAUCAACUGUGGGAAGAGCGUGUAUAGCCGAGUAGGGCGUGUCUGUAAGAAGGAUCGAGGUGGUGGGAACAAGUUUAAAGCAAGAUGGACGACCUAUCUAAAAUCUAGAUUAAACUGUUCUAUCAGCGGAGAAUAUCCUUUCUACUUCAAUCAUCUUCAGUCUGUAAGUGGAAUUAUUGAUGGAACAUAUAUGGGAGAGAAGACGAGAAUAAUAUAUGCUGUGUUCACUACUCCAGAGAACGCAAUCGGUGGCAAUGCCAUUUGCGCAUUCCAGAUGAAGGAUAUUUUGAAAACGUUUGAUGGAGCGUUUAAGGAGCAGGAGACUGCUAACUCUAAUUGGCUCCCUAUACGGGAUAUGAAGGUUCCGGAUCCAAGGCCAGGGCAAUGUUCAGAGGAUUCUCAGAAGCUGCCUGAGAACAGCCUAAGAUUUAUCCAGGAUCAUAGUAUCAUGGAUGAAUCCGUCCCGGCAUUCUUCGGAGGAAACCCUAUCUACGUCCGAGCUAACAUACAAUAUCCGAGUCAAUUUAGAGAGAUUGCAAUCCAUCCUGGAGUGAAGACCACCGACGGGAUGGUCUAUGACGUCAUGUUUGUCGGGACGGAUCGCGGUCAAGUUCUCAAGAUGAUCAACUCCGUGGAUCAAAAGGGAUCGAAACCGAUCCUGAUCGAAGAGCUUCAAGUUGUGCCUCAGGAGGAACCGAUCCUUAAUCUUCAAAUAAUCGGCUCCAAGCUUCUUGUUACAACCAGCGACGAGCUUCUUCAGCUCCCGCUCCAUAGAUGUGGAGUAGCAUUGAGCUGUUCAGCUUGUGUUCGGCUCCAGGAUCCAUACUGUGGUUGGAGCAUACUAACCGCUAAAUGCGUGAGUAACACCAAUUUUGAGCCAAUGUACGCUUCAGAGUUUUUGCAAAAUGUAACUUUUGGAAGACAUAGACAAUGUGGAGAUUCCGAGUCCCCAGUUGUUAUAGAACAAUUCAUGGGACCUCAGGGUUCAGUACAACCAGGAGAGAACAGAGAUGUGAGUAUAGAGGUUCCAACUGAUCGUUAUACAACAGAGGAGUUAUGUAUGGCAGUAGCUACCUCAGUCGUCUGUGCUCUUAUACUAGGAUUCAUUGCAGGGUUCCUAGCAGCCAGGCGAUGUCAGUUUGGAGGAGAGAAUCCAUAUCAUGUGCCUUACUUAAAUAGAUCCGGGUAUGAGGAGGAGAACAUUUACGCCAAGGUGGACGAUAUGACCUUCUACCCCGUAGUGUCCACCACCCACACUCAGGACACCCUGAUGAAGCACAACAUCAUCAACAACCUCCUCGUGACCGAUCAGCUGGAGAGUAAAACCCUGGACCUUCACCAGGCUCAUGCAAACAAGAACAAGGACUUUAAUACAUUCAACGCCUUCAGUACUGUACAUAGAUCUCAGAAGAUCUAUCUGUAGAUGAACCGAGCAUAUCCAGAACCUUGGAACCUGUAGAUUAGAUUUCCUACAUACAGUACAUACAGUACACAUAGUUCUCUAUAGAACUCUUUGUUAAAAUAUUCAGUAUAGAGAGAGAUCAACGAUUUUGCAAGUCUAGAUCGUUAAAUUUGCAGAUAAGGAUGCAAAAAAGUUAACAUUUUCAUAAUUCCUAAACUUCCAACUUCUCUUCUGUGCUUGAAAAAAAAACUGUUGAUGCCUAAAAAAAAUUUUCUUGUUAAUAUUCUUUUUAAUUAAAAAAUCAUAAAUUAUUUAUUGUAAAAAAUCUUCCCCUGUACAAAAAUAGUUUUUAAAAAUUAAGAUUAACACAUUUUAGCCAACAUUUAAGAAAAGUUCUUCCACAAAAACUUUUUCAUCAAAUUUUUUUGGUAUUGUUAAUGAUGCACUGACUUUGAGACUUAUAUUUUUAAAGACAAAUAUUUGUAAUCACUAUGCAAUUAUGCAUUUGCUUGCACGCAACACGAUGCAGAGUCCUCCAUUUUCUUUUUUACAAAUCUGUAAAACGUAUUUUCAAUGUGAAUUGUCCAUAUCUAGUAAUGUAAAACAGUUAAAUCUAUCCAGAUCUUACUCCGCAAUCAGCUGAUAUUAUUUAGCCAUGCUGGUUUUGGGUUUCACAGUUAUUGUCAGCUGAUAUUGGUCUGGUGUGGUAAUGCAUACUAAAUGGGUUCCAAGAUCCAUUCCAUUUCAGCUGGUUUUGGUUCGGAAAUUUUCAUCUGACCAGCUGUGUUCGGUUUGAUUUGGCUGUUUAACGGUCAGUAUUUGAUAUUUCAAUGGCUGUGAUUGAUUCUAGUAUCCGUAUUGAGAUAGAGCCUAGUGUGAUACAUAACAUUCACCCCCAAUCCGUUCUUUAGAGUUCCAACCAGCCUUCAAUUAUGUUUUUAAAGCAAAUUAUGGAUUUUCAGUUUUAUUUCUAUUCUAAUAAAUUCUGUGGGGAAACUAAAUCGCACCAUUUCCCAAUUCUGCUUAUAUAAUUUCUAUAAAUGCAUUUUCUGCAAUCUUAUUUCCUUGAGAAUCCCUUUAAGACCAUUCACAAUGUUAUUAUAAUCCUGGACCAAAAAAACGUUCUUUAUUUAAAAAAGUGCAUUUAUGAAAAUACAUUUUUGAAGAAUUUUAUUGGGAACUAAUAUUUUAGAUCCCUUCCCUAUAGGGUUAAAUGAAAAUAAAUUAUUAACCUUAAUUAUCCGGGUACCAGUAUAUCCGGUGCCCCCCUCCCCCUCCAAAGAUGAUUGUUGAGUAGAUGCUAGCACCCCCUCCCCCUAGAUCUCCAGAUAUAUAUCAGUGUUUACUAAAUAAGCUUGCUAAAGUAAUCAUCCUUGAAAAACAUAAAUUAUUUUUGAAAAAUUAAAGCUAUUGCUAAACUUUGUAGGUGGAUGAAGGAUGUCAAAACUUAACUCAAUAGAAUUCCCGUCACAUUUUUUCUUUCUUUGUAAUCUCCUUACUUUCAGUAUCGACUAAUACCAAUUCCACUAAGUUUUAACAAAUUUUUUCAAAUCCUCAUUUUCAUCCAAAAUGAUCAAAACAAACAUAUAAAUAAUCCCCAAAUGCCUUUGAUUAGAAAUAUUAAACCUUCCACUGCGCGUGCGCCAUGUAUAUGAGAGGGCGGAGGGUAUUAGAAGUAUAAUUGUACAGUAUAUGUUUACUUCAAUCCCAUGUUAUGUUAAAACAAUUGAAUAAAAUAUUACCGCUUUAACUGUU